UAAGUGGAAGAGACUGAUCGGCACGUCAUACUACCCUGUAUGCGCGCUCACUUUAACCAAAAUUGGACGUCAUAAGCCACUGAUCAAAUCUUUAAUCUCGACCGUCCACGUCGUACCAUCGUGAUUAUUACGCAGUGAUUCUCUUUUCGUUGUUUUCGAUGGGAUCGUUUCCAAAAAGCCAACUAGCCAAGAUCUAUGGGGUGCCGUUGACUCAGAACUUCCCGUCGUAAUCCCUAUCAACGGCUGGGAUCAAGGAAUUCUCUAGACCAGUCCCUACUUAAUCAGACGAUUGUUGUUUCGCGUGGCAAUCCCCAGCAGAAGCCAUAUAUAAAAUCCGCGAAUCAGAAGCGUCGCUUAUAAAGAACCCUGGGGAGUAGACAAAAGGCAAAGCGCACGCAGUCUCUCUCUCCUCUCUCUCUUCGUAGAUCUAUAUUCCAUUUCCGUUUUUGAGAUUUUUCUGGUUCCAAAUCCAUAGCUUUUGAGAAGUUUUCUUGGAGCAGAUUUUUUGUUUUUUUGUGUGUUUUUUGUUCGAGUCGUUUGAAAAGGGAUAAGGAACAAAAAAGUCAAGAGAGAUAUCCAUUCCUAUCCUAAACCCAAGGGUUUAGGAGUCGGAUACUUUGGGUCGUGUUUGUUUGGAUCUGGUUCUGGUUGCUAGGGUUUUGGAGGAUUCUGUCCUAUCACUGCAUGCCUUUCUACUGAGUGAACGAUAGAUUACAGUAAAAGGCGGCGAUGGCUUCUUCUUAUCCUAGCGCUGUUCAGGUUGGCUCCUACUUUGUGGGACAGUACUAUCAGGUUCUUCAGCAGCAACCCGAUCUAGUUCAUCAGUUUUACUCUGAAACGAGCUCGAUGAUUCGCGUCGAUGGAGAGAAUUCCGAUUCCGCUUCAGCAAUGCUGGAAAUUCAUACGCUUAUCAUGUCAAUGAAUUUUACUGCAAUAGAAAUCAAGACACUCAACUCUCUUGAUUCUUGGAAUGGAUGUGUUCUGGUUGUGGUGACUGGGUCUGUUAAGGCUAAGGACUUUAUUGCAAGGAGGAAUUUUGUUCAGACUUUUCUCCUGGCUCCUCAGGAGAAGGGUUUCUUUGUUCUCAACGAUAUCUUCCAGUACAUUGAUGACGAACCAAUUUACCAACAUCAGGCGCCCAUUUUAUCUGAAAACAAUUUUGAUUCUCAAUUGAAUGCUUCUAGCCCUCGUCAAGAACAGCUAGUUUCCGACUAUGUUUUGGAGGAAGAUGCCAGUGAGUAUGUGAGUAAUGUUCAUAUAGAAGAUGAUCCAGUUGAUAAAUACAGUAUCCCGGAACCACAGCAGCAGCAGCAUCAGGAUGUGGAGACAGAAGUUGUGGUGGAGGAAAGUCCAGUAGAAGAGACAUCUGCUUCAGUUCAAAAUGUGGUGACUGCUGUACAAGAAAACCCCUCCGUGACCGUAGAGGAACCUGUGGAAGAGCCUGUAAAGAAAACAUGGGCUUCUAUUUUGCGUAAAGGACAGCCUGCAUCAUUGGCUGCACCUCAACCUUCUUUUGUGGGUACGCAAACUUCGUCAGAUUGGAAUUACACACCACAGUAUACUGAGCAACAGCCAAUCUCUACAUAUACCAGUGUGCCUGAUUCUGUAACAGAGGCAGCAGAGGAAAGUUUUGUACUCGAAGAAGAAGGUGAACCAAAAUCUGUCUAUGUCCGAAAUUUGCCUCCUGAUGUUACAGAAGAUGAAAUCGAACAGGAAUUUAAGAAUUUCGGCCGAAUUAGACCUGAUGGGGUGUUUAUUAGGAGCCGCAAGGAUAUUGGAGUUUGCUAUGCUUUUGUUGAGUACGAAGACCUCAUUGGUGUUCAUAAUGCACUCAAGGCGUCUCCCAUUCAGUUGGCUGGAAGGCAAGUUUACAUUGAGGAGCGUAGACAAAACAGCAGUGGUGUUGUUGCUCGAGGUGGAAGAAGGGGAAGAGGCCGAGGUGGUUACCAAACAGAGUCCACAAGGGGGCGAUUUGGCGGUCGAAGUUUGGGCAGGGGCAGUAACCAGGAAAGCGAUUACAACAGGUUGAGAGGCAAUGGUUUCCACCAGCGUGGUUCACGAUAGAAUAGAAGGUUUGCCUCUAAAGACGGUGGGCUAAAGUUAGUGAGAAGCAAAUCUUUUACGAGGCUGAUUGAAGAUUUCUAGGGUUCAGAUUCCAGAUGGAAUAUUUUCUUCCCUUUGGUUUUUUAGGAAAGUUUUCAUUAUACUUGUUGAGUGCCCAUAUCACAUGAAUUGGAAUGUUUUUAUUUGUCUCUUUAGCGAGUAUCUGUUUAUUUUCCCCUUGAAUGGUUUUUAUCAUGCAAUUCAAGGGGGAAAGUUCCGGGCCUGUUGAUGAAGCCCCAUGUUGUGAGGGAACGUGGGGUGGGUUGUUUCGUGGUUUAAUAUAUUGAAGGUUAGUGAUUUUGUUCUUCAUUAUGGUUUGUCACUUGGGAGUUUAAUUUUCAUUUCUCCA